AUGUCUUCGCACGCUCAAUCCGUUUCUCUACGACAACGCACGCCAUCGCUCCCAGCAGCUCUCACUUUUCAGAAAAUGACCACUUCGAGCACUGAUUCCACCUCACCGCCUCCAUACACCCCGAUCGCUGCUCCACUCGCAAACGACGAUACUCCCAGUACCUCUGCUUCACCGACGUCUCCAAGGAGUGUGAUCGCUACCCCGCUUCCCUCCUACUCCUCAUCACCUGUGUUGCGGCCGUCGUCCAGCCAACCCCCUCCUCCGCUCUCUGCUUCUGCUGAAGAUGAGUCCAUCAAACUCGGUCAACCUAGCGUGACUCUCAUCAAUCCUCCUGCUUGCGCUGAACAAAACCUCACUUCGCACGCGCAUUCCUCGUCCUCAAAAACAUUCGCAGCCAUCAUCAUCGCCCUUCUCGGCCCAACAAUCGUCGACACAGCCUGGUUGACUCUGCUCAACAUCCUAGGCGCACUCUUGAUCCUAGCACAACUUCCAAUGGCCCUCGUCCUCGCUUUCAACUUCAACUACGCGUCCGAAUCAUCGACAGGCAGAAAAGAAGGAUCAAAAGGGAGAGGGAAACGUAGAGUGGGCGAAGAAUGUUGGGUCGAACGCUUUACCGGGUUUAUGUGGGAUUGGCACGAUGCGCUGGAAGAGGCUGAGUUGGAGUGCCCGAGUCGUUGGUAG